AUGUUCAAGAUCCUCCCCCUCGCUCUCCUGGCGACUCUCGCCGUCGCUGACCCCAUCGUCUACCUCAUCCGCCACGGCGAGAAGCCUGCUUCUGGAAACGGCUUGAAUGCGCAGGGCCUGGAGCGCGCGCAGUGUCUGCGCAAUGUCUUCGGCGCUAGCUCGUCUUAUAACAUCGGACAUAUCAUGGCUGAGAAGCCUAAGAGUGAUGGCAAGCGCCAGCGUCCUUACGACACCGUCGAGCCCCUGGCUAAGGACCUUGGUCUGACAGUUGACACUUCCUGCGGCCGGGAUCAUUCUGGUUGUGUUAAGGAUGUUGUUGAUGGGUAUACUGGCAGUGGCAAUAUUCUUAUUUGCUGGGAGCAUCAUGCUCUUACUGAUAUUGUGAAGAAGCUGGGUGAUGAUAAUGCCCCUGAAUAUCCUGAUGAUAGCUUCAACAUUAUCUGGACCGAUCCCUCUCCUUAUAACACCAUCACUUCGGAGACUAGUGAGAACUGCCCUGGGCUGGAUUCCUAG